CAGAAAUAAGCUAUUCCACUAUUUUAAAUGACUACUACAGUAUGUUGCUAUAAACGUUCUAUUUUAUUAUUAGUUAUUGUUGUUAUGUUUUUUUCUCUGCCUAAUUUUUAAAUUAAACUUUAUCAUAGGUAUGUAUCCAUGGGAAUAAGCAUAGUGUGUAGAGGGUCUGGUACUAUCCAUGAGCGUAGGCAUUCUCAGAACAUCUCGAAAUGUAUCCCUGUGGGUAAGUGGGGGCUACUGUACUGCUAAGAAUUUGUGUCUGUGUAUUAUUUGUCACAUAUAGUCUACCUUGGGCAAAAAGGACUCGAAUUUCUCCCAGAAGGAAAACAUGCUCAUUCCCCCUUGGGAUUCCCAUAAUCUGGUGGAAGCACAGCAUUAGCCUCUAAGUCUAGAGAGUUACUUCUGAUGUGCACCAGAUACAGGCGAAACACCUCAGGUACAGCUCUUUGGUUAUGGGGCCGCUUUAUUCUGAGACAGUGAACUAGAAAGAUAGGCUAUUUCCCUCGUGAUGAGAGGGAAAGCUUAGCUGAAGUAAACACUCCAUUUUAAGAACAAGCAAACAAUGCACGGCCAGGAUGCAGAAGCCAAGGCCAGGAUUCGCUUCUCCUAGGCCAAGAUUUGCUCCUCGAUCGGGGCUCAGCUCUGGUUCUUGGGAGUGGCUCCCUGGUUUGAGUUCUCAGCAGCUCUUGACUGCCUCUACACACUCCUCCUCUCCCAGAAGAGAUGCUCUGCUGUCCCUACCAUAAAAUUCUGAGAUCCUGGGGCGAGGGCUCCUGAUCAUGAACUGGUGGCACAUGGGGGCUGGAGGGACACAACUCAGCCCAUAACAUUGUAUGGACAUUUUUUUCUCUUGUCUCUCUAUAGUAAGUAGGCACAAAGCCUCUCCUUUAUGGAGAUAAGACUGUACAUUGUGAUUAUAAAAAGUUCACUAGGGGAAAAUUAGGAACAAUAACUUUGUGGUGGUUCUUUGUAGCGUAUAGCGUACUGGUUAUUUAUGUAUGUGGUUGUCAUUCCCAUUCAUUUUCUUCUCUUUUCCGUGUGUGUGUGUGUGGGGGGGGUAUGCUAUUGGGGAUCAAAGCCAGGGUAUCUCACAUGUUUAGCAAGCAUCUUUUCUUCCUGAUACGGCAGAAAAUCUCAAGAUUUUAUGUGCUGCAUGUGGCGGGUUCUCCCCGUCAGCACUGGGGUCUCAAUGACCAGGAUCUUUAGCUAACUAUUCACUGUGAAUGCUUCAGAGAAUUUAUUCAUGAAUUUGAAGAAUUUGAAGCUUGAUCUUCCAUUUUUAAAACAUUCUCCUCUGAUUGGUGCCCUUGGUAAUUAUAAUUGUUUACUAUAAAGGAAGAGGUUGGAGUAAAUGAUCUCUAACAUUCUUGGUAACUUUGCCUUUUGGGCUUCCAUAGAUUGUUUGCAUGACUCACUAGACUGGGGGUGAGUUCUCAGUUGGCUUUGACUUCUCUGACUUCCGUCCAUCCCAAAGGGCUGGAAGGUGGGGCUUAGGAAAGCUACCAGCUUUGCAGUGGGAGGGGAGCCCAGCAGCUAGCUACUUGUUUCCUUCUCUGUCAGUUCUUUGCUUGUUAAAACUGCCUCCAAACUGAGGACCAUCGUGGUUCUCCAGAACUGCAGGAUUUUUAUGAAUAAAAAGCUGGGAUAAUAGGUACCUAUGGAAUGAGUCAGAGUUGUGAGUGUGCAUUAGAAUUAAGUGGGCAUCAUCUUAAACCUUCUGGAUCCAAAGCUGUAGUGGCCCAGAUAUCUGCAAUGUUUGAAGCUUUCCAGUCGCUGGAACAAAAUACCCAAAGGAGGAGCGUUUUAUUUGGGCUCAGUUUGCAGAGGUUGCAGCGCAGGCUCUGAUGGCUCCCAAGAAGGGCGGCAUGGCAGAGGAAUGGGGGCUCACCUCUCUCGGUGCCCAGGAAGCAGGGUGAAGGGAGGAGCUGCCCAGGAAGAUAAACCCGACCCUUCCAGGCCACGCCCCCAGGGACCGCCUCUUCCGGCCAGACCCCACCUCCUAACACCAAGUCAGCUCUAGCCCCCUUAUCCAGUCAUCUCUCAGCAGUCCCUGCGAUGAGUGCAUUGCUGCUCUAGGGGACAGUGGUCAGGCAACAUGAAGGACCGGCUUGCAGAACUCCUGGAGGUGUCCAAGAGCUAUGAUCAGCAGUUCCCAGACGGGGACGAUGACUUCGAUGCGCCCCACGAGGACAUUGUGUUCGAGACGGACCACCUCCUGGAGGCCCUGUACCGAGACAUCCGGGACAUCCAGGAGGACAACCAGCUGCUGAUGGCCGACGUACGGCGGCUGGGCAAGCAGAACGCCCGCUUCCUCACGUCCAUGCGGCGCCUCAGCAGCAUCAAGCGCGACACUAACUCCAUUGCCAAGGCCAUCAAGGCGCGGGGCGAGGGCAUCCACCGCAAGCUUCGUGCCAUGAAGGAGCUGAGCGAGGCGGCCGAAGCCCAGCAAGGCGCGCGCUCGGCGGUGGCGCGCAUCGCGCACGCGCAGUACAGCGCGCUCACGCGCACCUUCCAGCAGGCCAUGCAGGAGUACAACCAGGCCGAGAUGAAGCAGCGCGACAACUGCAAGGUCCGCAUCCAGCGCCAGCUGGAGAUCAUGGGCAAGGACGUCUCGGGCGAGCAGAUCGAGGACAUGUUCGAGCAGGGCAAGUGGGACGUGUUCUCUGAGAACCUGCUGGCCGACGUGAAGGGCGCGCGCGCGGCGCUCAGCGAGAUAGAGAGCCGGCACCGCGAGCUACUUCGCCUGGAGAGCCGCAUCCGCGACGUGCACGAGCUCUUCCUGCAGAUGGCCGUGUUGGUGGAGCAGCAGGCCGACACGCUAGACGUCAUCGAGUUCAACGUGCAGCAGACGCUGGACUACACCGGAGAGGCCAAGGCGCAGGUGCGCAAGGCCGUGCAGUACAAGAAGAAGAACCCGUGCCGGACCCUCUGCUGCUUCUGCUGCCCCUGCCUCAAUUAGCAGGGGCCUCGCAGCCCGGGCCCAGCUGUACCGGAAGAGGGUCUCAGCUCCUUGCGGAAGUCCGGCUUUAGAGAAGGAAGAAACGCCAGGCUCGAGCAUAGGAGCCCAGCUCUUGCUUGGAGAGAAGCUGAAACGGUCCAGUGGUUCCUGGGAGAAGGCAGAUCCUGACUGACAUUGUGUGAGCUCAUUAGAGACAGCAGCAAAGUCACAUAAAGCACCCAUGCUGUCUGUGGGGUCAUGUCUGAGACUCGCCCCCUAAUGGAGACCCCGGGAGAAGGCAGUGCCUCGUCUGUCGGUGCACAGACUCAUUAUCCACACGGACAUCUGUGCGCCCUAUCUGAAAACUUCCUUGGUUCCGUCCGAUUCUGAGUGAAAUUGACCGUGGGGAAAUUGGACUUGUUCCUUCCUGAUUCGUCAUCUGAUGUAUGCAAUGUGAUUCCGGCCUAGAGAUAAACCUGUUAUUUUUUUUUUCUCAACUCUACUUAUUAAAAUCACGUUGAACACUUAAUAUUUUAUCUCCUUGACUUUUAAUAUCUUCUACUAGGAUAUACUCGGGGAUUAUUUUUCUAAACAUUUUUAAGCACUUAAUAUUGAGGAAGCACUCAAGUAGAGCUACGAGUCACAUUUUAUGGAUUUUUCACAUCAAUUAUAUAAAAUUUGUCUUUUUACUUGAUUGCAUGUGCACAUAUAUAUGUAAUUGUAAAUACUAAUAUUCACCAACGUGGGUACAUAAUGGCCAGUUGGCUUGGCUUUACUUUUGUAAGUGUGCUAUAUAAAGACCAAGAAAAACA